CCAGCAUCUUCUUGCAUCUUGAAGACGAAAUAACAUAAACAUGAAGGUUUUCUUUCUGUGUGUGGUGGCUGUCGUGUUCGGUGUCGUCGCUCGAGCGCAGUCCCCUGCAACUAAUGCCACAACUGUCGAUGCUCAGACAAGUGCUACAGUCCCACAAGGAAACCCUUCAACAAAUAUCCACGUCCCACAAGGAAACCCUUCAACAAAUACCCACGUCCCACAAGGAAACCCUUCAACAAACAUCCACGUCCCACAAGGAAACCCUUCAACAAACAUCCCAAACUAUCAUAUGAUGAACACCCAAGGAUACCCCACGACAAACCCACACGCCCCAUAUGGAUUCCCCGUGAUGAACACCCAAGGAUACCCCACGACAAACCGACGCGCCCCAUAUGGAUUCCCCGUGAUGAACACUCAAGGGUACUCCAUGGCAAACACCCAAGGAUAUCAAAUGGCGAAUACCCAAGGAUACCCAAUGACGAACAACCAAGGCUAUCAAAUGACGGAAAACCCGGUCUAUCCAAUGACCAUCGGCAAUAGCAUGCCUACUAAUAAUGGUUACCACGGCAACAUCUUGCCCGCCAACAACCAUUACCAAACCUUAGGGAACACCAACAACGUCAACUCUUACAUGCUUCCAAUGAUGAUGGGUAUGGAUCAAGGAAGUCACAUGGCAACUCUCGGAAUGAUGAUGAACUCGAGGCAGGGCAACAGCAUUCUCCCCUUCUACAUGAUGAACCAAGGGUAUGAGAACAUGCUUCCCAUGAUGGCCUUCAUGAACCGCGGGAACCAGAGAGGCCAGAGGAUGAACCCCUUCAUGAUGAUGACCCUUCAUGAAGCGAUGAACUAAAGAAUUGACUAAAUAUUUGAGUGAACACAAGAGGUUGAUUAUUUGUGUAUGUUUGUUGGAUGGUAUCCCACGAUGCACGUCCAAAACCAUUAUAUCAUGACUAUUUAUUGAAUAAUUUAUAACAAUAAUAAUUUAUUGAAUA